AUGUCCACCCCUACUUUUGGGGGUCCUUCCAAUGGACAUUUAUCUCCAGAUAAUCAAAUCAGCAUGUCGUUCGAUACAGGCGACAACGCAACCGAUAGCGACUCCCCUGAUGUCCACGAUCAUACGCUUGACCAUCCAUCACCGUCACCCUCGGACGAUGUGAACGAGACCUCGAAUAUGGCACAGGACGACACACAUAUGUCAGAGAGUGAACCUUCCAGCGAGGACAACGCGUCCGAGGACGGUGACUUUGACAUGGAGGAGAGCCUGCCAUCUCAGAAUGACGACGCGGUUGAGGACCGCGCCAGCUCCACAGACUCGAACAGAGCCUCGAAACGCAAAGUGCCCAUUGAGGAGGACGAGUAUAUCAAGGCCAAUCCAGAACUCUAUGGAUUGAGACGAAGUACUCGACCUCGAGAACAACGUAAAAUCGUACCGUUAUUGACCAAGUCGCGACAGGUCGAGUCCGAUGACUCCGAAUCCGAACCUCCCGUCAGCCGUCGUACGGUCAAACGACGACGUGUAGAAACAUCCCUUCCUUCUUCCAAGAUAGGUACACCAACAUUACGAGCGUCAACAAACGACUCCGACUCCGACUCAGACACAUACGGCGGCGCGCGCGCCAAGAGUCUUCAGAAGAAGGCUCGGCUGCAACGCGAGGCCCAGCCCUCUCUCGCAUACGCCGAAAAGCGCUGGUCAAGUCGUCGCGCCGCGCAGGUACAACAAGGAGCUUAUGAAGAGAGCGACUUUGACGAAGAAGAAGACGAGGAUGACCUCGCCCCUUCCAACUACGUCGUUGACUAUGUCGACGAUUCCCCAUACGUGGAAAAAGUAGUGCGGUAUCGCCCGAUAAACGGGCAGGACUUGACCUAUGACAUGACCAAAGGUGAUUUUGAAUACUUCAUCAAAUGGCAGGGCAAGUCUCACUUGCAUGACACCUGGGAAACACUCGACGACCUUCGCAAUGUUCGCGGAUUUAGAAAGGUCGAGAAUUACUUCAAGAAGUUCGUUGACUACGAGCUGGACAUCCGCUUUGGCGACGACAUUCCUCCCGAGACCAAGGAGCAGUUCUUCCUUGACCGCGAACGAGACGACGAGGCCUACGAGGAUUACAUCAAGGUUGAGCGAGUGGUUGCUACAAGAGACGGUGAAGACGGCGACGAGUACCUUGUCAAAUGGAAGGGCCUCACCUACGAGGAGUGCACCUGGGAGGCUGCAGCGGACAUCAGCGACAUGUUCCAGGACCAGAUUGACCAAUACCUUGACCGCGCCUCUCGUUCAUGGCAGUCGGACCGCAAGGAAACCAGCCUCGACUCACGGUCAAGGAUGGUCAAGUUGGAAAAGCAGCCUGACUACAUCGUAGGCGGCGAACUUCGGUCGUUCCAGCUGAGAGGUCUUAACUUCCUCUGCCUCAACUGGUGCAGAGGUAACAAUGUGAUUCUCGCCGAUGAGAUGGGUCUCGGCAAGACAGUCCAGACCGUGUCAUUCCUCAGCUGGCUGCGCAACGCUCGCCACCAGGAGGGACCUUCACUUGUGGUUGCUCCUCUCAGUGUCAUCCCCGCCUGGUGUGAUACUUUCAACACCUGGUCCCCAGACCUUAACUACGUCGUUUAUCUGGGACCUGAAGAUGCCCGAAACAUCAUUCGCGAGCACGAGCUUCUCGUGGAUAACAACCCGAAGAAGCCCAAGUUCAACAUCCUGGUCACCUCGUAUGAGUUCAUCCUCCAGGACUGGCAGUUCUUGCAGUCCAUCAAGUGGCAGACCCUUGCCGUCGACGAGGCGCAUCGUCUCAAGAACCGUGAAUCCCAACUGUACAGCCGCUUGGUGAGCUUUGGUAUCCCGUGCAAGGUCUUGAUCACCGGAACACCCAUCCAAAACAACCUAGCCGAGUUGUCAGCCCUGCUCGACUUCUUGAACCCGGGCAAGGUGGCCAUUGAUGAGGAUCUUGACUCUCUAUCUGCCAACGAUGCGCAAGAAAAGCUUCAGCAACUCCACAAGGCCAUUGCUCCUUUCAUUUUGCGAAGAACCAAAGAAACUGUCGAAUCCGAUCUUCCACCCAAGACUGAGAAGAUCAUCCGCGUUGAGCUGUCAGAUGUCCAACUGGACUACUACAAGAACAUCCUCACUCGCAACUACACUGCCCUCUGUGAUGCGACCAACGGUCACAAGAACUCUUUGCUGAACAUCAUGAUGGAGCUCAAGAAGAUCAGCAACCAUCCAUAUAUGUUCCCAGGUGCCGAGGAAAAGGUGCUCGCCGGCAGCGUUCGUCGCGAAGACCAGAUCAAGGGCUUGAUUGCCAGCAGUGGAAAGAUGAUGCUUCUUGACCAGCUUCUCUCCAAGCUCAAGAAGGACGGCCACAGAGUCUUAAUUUUCAGCCAGAUGGUCAAGAUGCUUGACAUUCUUGGUGACUACCUCUCCCUACGAGGGUACAAGUUCCAGAGAUUAGAUGGAACCAUCGCAGCCGGACCCCGACGCAUGGCCAUCAAUCAUUUCAAUGCCGACGACAGCGAUGACUUUUGCUUCCUUCUCUCGACCAGAGCAGGUGGUCUAGGUAUCAACCUGAUGACUGCCGACACUGUUGUCAUCUUUGAUUCCGACUGGAACCCACAGGCCGACUUGCAAGCCAUGGCCAGAGCCCACCGUAUCGGUCAGAAGCGACCCGUGAACAUCUAUCGUCUUGUUUCCAAGGAAACAGUCGAGGAAGAAGUUCUUGAACGAGCACGCAACAAGCUCCUGCUUGAGUAUCUGACGAUUCAGGCUGGUGUCACGGACGAUGGCAAGGCUGCAUUCAAAGAAGAGCUCAAUAAGAAGGGUCUCAAGGUCGAUGGGCCCUCUUCAUCUGAAGACAUUCAGAUGGUCUUGAAGAUGCGUUCAUCUAAGAUGUUUGAGCAGAGCGGCAACCAAGAACGCCUGGAGCAACUCGACAUCGACUCGAUCCUGGAGAACGCUGAAGUCACCAAGACCAAGGUUGACGACAAGAUCAACCUCAGUAGUGGUGGCAUUGAUUGGGACAACUUCAUGCAGAUCACGGAUGUCAAGGUGGACGACCUUAAUCUCGACUGGGAUCAGAUUAUUCCUGCUGAAAAGCUUGCCGAAAUCAAGGCAGACGAAGAACAGCGGCGACACGAGGACUAUCUUGCCCAGGUCAAGGCUGAGAGUGCUCCCCGAAGAGCCGUCGUCAAGAGCCGCAACAGGGAAACUGAGCGUGCUGACCGGUUUAAGAAACGGCAGAAAGAACAGCGAGAAAAGGAAGAGGAAGAGCGACAGGCCCUGAUCGCGGACCCCAAGAGGCCUUUGACAGACAAGGAGCAGCGUCUUCUCAUCAAAGCCUACUUCCGGUUCGGCUCGAUGGACGACCGCGGUGAGGAGAUCAUCAGAGAGGCCAAGCUCAAGGAAAGAGACCAAGACUAUGUCAAGUCGGUUCUUGAUGAAUUCAUCAAAGCAGCCAAGGAAGCUGUUGAUGACAAUUAUAUCACCAUGGUGGAGGAAGAGAAGAGGCUUGGCAAGACACUCACCAAGAAGGAUCGCAAGGCUGUUCUGAUUGACUUUGGCGACCUAAAGAAGAUCAAUGCCGAGACGGCCAUCGAGCGGCCCAAGCAACUUCAACUUCUUCGACAGGUUAUCAACGGGCACAGCGACUGGCGAGCAUUCCGUCUUCCCGACGCCACCAAGGCUGCCAACUAUUCUUGUUCAUGGGGUGCUAAGGAGGAUGCCAUGCUCCUGGUUGGCAUCGACAGACACGGCUUUGGUGCUUGGCCUCAGAUUCGCGACGACCCUGACCUGGACAUGACGGACAAGCUCUUCCUGGAAGAGCAUCGUGUCGAGAAGAAGGAGGAGCGUAGCAAGGCCAAUGACAAGAUGAAGGCGCCUGGCGCAGUACAUCUUGUUCGCCGAUCUGAAUACCUGCUCUCAGUCCUGCAAGCGAAGCACUCGAACGAUCGAAGUGUGCAGCGAGCCGUGGAGAAUCACCACCGAAACAACAAGAAGAGUCAUCUUGCCAAUGGCCACCGCGGAAGUGCUACUGCAUCCCCUGCACCCCAAGUCAGCAAGAAACAUCGUGACCGUGAUCGGGAUCAUGCUCAUGGCGACCAUCGGCCACGCGGCUAUACCGACGAGCGUGGAACUCCAAGGCCCGACUACAAGCGGAAGCAUGUUUCCCAUGAGGACAGCCGGAGCCCCAAGCAUCGCCGGCUGGAUGAUCACCAGCGUGACCGCGAUAGGGAUCGUGUGCGCGAGCGACCCCAAGAAUCUCGUCCUCAAGAUGAGCGCCGAGCCAAGGCUCUUCGUCGACUGGAUGAGCUUAGGCGAAUCGGUGACAACAAGGACCAGAGGGAUAAGGAUAACGAUGCCAUGAUCUGGUUCCUCCUGAAGCCCGUCAGAGAAAAUUUCGAAAAGAUUCUCUCAACCACCAAGGACAAUGUCAAGUCAAGCAAGGAACGAGCCUCCAUCUUUGGAGUGGAACUGGUAGUUAUUGGCACAUUCCUGGACGAAAAAUUGCCGGCUACCGCUGCGGACGAGGGUCUCAAGAGCAACUUUUGGGACUUUUUGGCAGCGUUGUGGCCAGUCGACGACACCAGCAAGAGCGUGACAGGCAAGCGACUGAGCAACAUGUAUCGUACGCUGCACUCUCGCAACAAGGGCGGCUCCAGCUCGAACAAGACCAACGGGGCCUAA